AUGAACGAAAACGGAGGGAAGCCGGUGGCUGCCACUAGGAGAAACGUACCGAAGCCGUCUGGGGUAGACUUUUUAUUUCACAGUUAGUUUGCAAAUUAUCUGCUUGCAGGGAGGAGAAAGCGGAUUAUUGAUAAACGUCAUCAGAACAUUGACAUCUAGUGUCUCGGAAGAUCAAAGAGAGCUGGAAAAAGCUCGAUUAGAGAAGGGAUUCAAAGACUCGGGAGCUCUCAUCGAUCGUCUUGUUAAAAGUAUAUACAUAUAAAAUUCAAGUUUGAACAUUUUUUAUUUUAGAUCAUCAAACGGACGUUGAGAAAUGUUUAGAUUCCUUCAGGGAUGUAUCAGCCGGAAUUUCCAGUAAGUUAUUAGAAUCUUUCGUUGAAAUAUUUGUUUAAAGACUGCCGAGAACGAAUGCACAACGUCCGUAAUGCCUUGCAAACUUGCUCGAGUUUACUGGAACUUCGGCGGGACGAUUUAAAGAAGCUGUGGAUGGAAAACGCUCAGCAAAAACACAUCUGUGACAUCUUAGCGCAACUGUUUGUUGAAUUUAGGAUAACGUUUGAUAUAUUACUUUAUAGAGAAGAACUGAAAGAUGCCCCGAAGAAAAUUGACGCCUUGGUUUUGCGUGGAAGUUAUCAAGAAGCGGCGAAAAUCGUCACGAAUUCGAGUUUGUAAAGUUUGAUAUAAGAAUUUCCGUAAAUGUACUAUAAAAAAAGCUCUUUUCUCUCAGUUUAUAUAAAAAAAUAGGAAUUAUAUUUUUUUCUUUCGUUCACUCAUUCAUGGUUAUUUUUUUAUGGUCCUUUGGGGCGGCAUAGCUCAGCUGGCAUAACUCAUUUCUAACGUCCGCAAGGUCGUAGGUUCGAGUCCCCCCGAGGUCGACCAAGCCUUUCAUCCCUCCGGGGUAGAUAAAUUUGGGAGCUGCAUGCAGCGAAAAGGCUCAAUCUAUGCCAACGGCCUUUGGAAAGCCGGCACCGUACUUCUUCCUACGACCUCUCUUGUACCUGAUGUUCUACGAGCGAAAUUCACAACUUCUCUGCCUAAGCCACAGCUCCUGCCGCCGUUUAAACACAGUUAACGCAAUGAAAGUCGAUUGCACAUGUACUCUUACAUUGAAGAUGCAAUAAACAGUUUUUUUUAAAAAAAGUUUAUGGUCCUUUCCUUCUUAAAACUCCGAAAAGACCUUUUCACAGAAAAUAACAAAAAAUCCUUCUCAAUUAUUUUCAGGUUUAGACUGUCAUUGAGAAUGGACCAGUUUAGAACUUGAAUAAAUUUUUCGAUAUAUGUAUAUUUCAGGAGCCACCUUGAAUGGCCGAUUAUCGGUGAUCGAAGGAUUGUCUCAACUCCGAAUUCAAAUUGAAAAGUCGACUUCUGUUUUGAUCGAAAAAAUCAACGAACUAAUCGUUUCUAUGAUUGUCGUUGAGCCUUUUGAGCAACAUGUAAGGGUUUGUCAUCUUCAUAAAAUGGAAAAUUUCAACACUAGUUUCGCGUUAUUUGCUUUGAAUAUUUGUUGAGAAAGAUUUUUUAUUCUAAAUGACCUUCCAAUGUUUUUUUAACGAUUUACUUUUCAGCUUUUUAACAUCGUCAGGUCUCUGCCCGAGCAGAAAGCAUUACAAAACGAAUAUUGCUCGAUUCUCUUGGAUCAUGUAAGUAAAAAAUGAAAAAUUAAAUAUUCGCGUACAAUGCAUCGAAGUAUGAGGAUUUAGAGGCUGUCUGCGCGUUUUUCAAAUCUCGAGCAAAUUUGGAAUGGUGGAUAAUGACUGCUAAAAGGGAGAGGCUUGAAAAAGGCCAUAGAAAGGCAGCAAAAAGAGUCCCUUCAUCGAACCUUCCAUUUUUCUGAGAUUUUAAAGGCUCUAGAAAUGGUGGAAAAAGAAAGAGGCAGCAAAAUGGUGCAUAAGAGCCGAUGGAAUGGCGCAAAAAGGCAGCAAAAAAAGCUUUUCUCUCUUCCUAAAAGAAAAAUUUCUAUGGAGCCUUUUUCGACCUCCCAAGAAUGCUUAUAAAUAUAUUUUUCUUUAGAAAUUAUUUUCUAUUUCGAAUAUUGACUCUGAAAUGUCCUUCGAUAAUGAAUAAUCAUUUAUUAGUUUGCCCUAAAGUUCUUUUUUCAGUCCAAACAACCGCCACCAGCGGAAUCCUUGAAAGAUCGCCUGAAAAAUGCAGUGAGAGCACUUUCGGAACUCGAAGAAGGUCAUUGGGAUAUUGAUCGGUUGAUUUUGCUCUGCAAAAACUCGAUAGAUCGUCAGGUUAGUUAAAAGUUUACUAUUGGGAUUUUUCGAAAUUCAUAAGCUUUUUUUUUACCGAAAAAACAGUAAGUUCAAAAAACUGAUGAAAAAUUUCUGUGCAAAAAAUCUUGAAUUUUUCGGAAAAUUCAGAAUUUUUAAGAAAAAAAGAAAACUUUUUUUCAGUUAUCUUUUUCUCAUUGCUUACCGAAAAAAAGAUAAUUUUUUUAAAAUAUGUUAUGAUAUAAUCAUUUUUCAGGUCGCUCAUUCAGUAACGGUCAUGAGGGUACGUGGAAAUAUCGAUGAAAAUUUGGCCGGUGAUGAAUCUCACCUGUCGCAGUUGAUUCAAAUGGUGCUAAAAAAGCUAUUAAUGAAUGAAAAGAAGAUUUUAGGUAGUCGCACAAUUGGAAACAUCCUGUUCGAAACACGUGCUUUUCGCACAAAUAAUGGAAGAAUUCAUCCCAAAUAAACGGAUAAUUCCCGCUUAUUGGGAUGCUGCCCAGGCGGCUGUUGAGGUGAGACAAAAACAUUCAAAUAAUACGAUAUUACCGUUUCUUACCGGUUUUUGUUUCUUACGUCUUCAUCUAGUUCUAUUCGAUUAUUGGCAUGCUUUAAAGUGCGGACGUUUAAAAAAUGCGAUCGACUUCUUGUGCUCCAUUGCAAAGUAAUAAUAUACGGGCAUUUUUUUGAUUUUCGUUCAAAAACUUUAACUUUUCGAUUUUUCUCUAAACAUUUUAGUGGGGCUUUUCUUCUGUAUUUUUGACAUUUUAGUUUUUUCAACCAAGAUUUAUUCUGUCUCAUAUUCAACUUUUUUCUCACCUGGUUUCCAGUUUAAUAUAGAUUCAUGAACCGCACAGUGUGAAAAAGAGACGGCGGCAAGCGAAAAAAAAAGGUCGUCGCAAUGGGGCGAAAACGCGAGUUUUUUCUAACGCAACGCGGUGCGGCGAGUGUCACCCCCACAAAAUUUCAUUCACUUUUAAUACGGUUUUUUUCUCUUUUUCUUGCGUAUUCUACUAUUCUUUCGUAUCUUUUCACAUUGUAUGUGUUCUUAAAACGUGUUUAUCGCGUUUUCCAAAGAUUUGAAGUGAUUUUCAAUUGUUUUCGUCACAGAAAUUCGCAUUGAAAUGACAUUUUUGAUGACAACUUACUUGGCAUAAGAUAUUUCGUUUGUUUUUUUGUUUUAGAAUUUUCAAAUGGACUUUUUUAAGAGAAACGUUGUGAGAUUUUUCUCAAAAUUUUUUUUUCGAGGCAGUAUUCGACGAAUUUAUUCUUGAAAAAUGUUAUUUUGGGUGACAACUUUAUUCGCACAAGCUAUUAUGUAUCUGUUUUUUUGUUUUUAAAACGUUCAAAUGGUAUUUCUUAAGAGAAGUGCUUUGAGAUUUUUUUCUCAAUUUUCCCUUUGGAAGUUCGAUUUGACGAGUUUUUCCUAAAAAAACGACAUUUUUGGGAAAUAUUUUUGUUUUUGCAAAAAAACUUUUUUUCGUCUCUUUUUUUCAUUCAAAUUUGUUCGUUAUAAUUUAAUACACAUUAAAAAAAUCUUUGAAAACUUGCGAGAACCUAGGAAAAAAACAUCAUUUAAUGGUCUUUUUUUCCAACCACUAAAUCCACAAAACUUGACUCUCAUCCCCGCGCCCCUUUUUGCAAUAAACCGUGCCGCAGUUGCAGUCAGCCACGCCUACUGAACACAGCUGCCGCCUGUUUGGGAACACUGUGAACCGUAGAAAAUCGUUUUUUUUUUCAACUCCUGUAAAUCAUCAUACUGAAUUUAUUAAUUUCGUCGUAGUACUUUUUUGAAUCGUUUAUUUCAAAAGAAUAGAUAGGGAAAAAUACAAAAUUCGGGAAACAGUGCCAGAAAGAGUGAAAAGAUGAAAUUAAGAAAUGCCCGUAUUUUAUUAAUUUACAGUGAAGCUCAAAAAAGCGGUCGCAUUUUGUGAACGUUCACACUGUAUAGCCUGUUUGAUUUUUGAAAGAGGCUGUUCAACAACUUUGAAAACAAAAAAAAAGGAAUGCAGUGAAAUUUCUUUUUCAAUGGUUGAAUCAACCGAAAAAUAAAAAUGAUUUCUUUUUUAAUUGAAUAACUUUUCUUCCCAUAUCAGGCCCUUGUAUCGGACCAUCUGGAUGUGAACCCGCUCCUCAGCACAACUAAACAAACGUCGAUGAACACGAAAAAGCCGUUGUUCCGAUUCGAUGCCACGGCGUGUGCUUCUGCGACUUCCGUAGUUUCUUCGACUUCGCAGGUUUCAGAAUAAAAUUGAAUUAUUCCUAGAAAUCUUUGAAUGUCCUAUCAGAACCUUGUCGUCGUCUGUAAGCCUUCGGCUUAUAAUAUCGUGGUCAUGUUCCCGUGGUUGAGCCGUUUGAUGGAAUCGAUUGAGAAACAGCUCGACGAGUCUCCAUGUCAGCUCAGGUUCAGUGUAAAAGGAAUAGCUACGACAAAAACAAUCGAGGUGUUCUUUCCAAAAAUGAUGAAAACCAAUUUCUUGGAAUCUUUUUUAAGAAAAAAAUAAGAAAAAUAAGUUUGGAGCAGGAUUUUGUGGUCCUUUCAGACGUUUUCGAAAGACCCUCUGGUCUUUGCCUAUCAUAGCUCCCGAAAACUUUUUUUUUCCAGGCGUUUCCUUCACUCUUUCGUCAUGGAAAUGUUUGUGGAACGAGUGAAAGCCAGUUUGGCCGAACGGAUCGAAGUUGCGCUGAGAAGCUCAUCUGGAGACACGGUACUGACAUGGAAAGCUGGGAAGAAUGAAGACGACGGAUUCAGAAGAUUCUCCCGUCAUGUCUGAAAGUAUUCGAGCUUUGCAAAGAGGUCCACGGGCUGAUAGUUAGUAUGGACGUCUACGCUGACCGUUUUGCCGCCCUCUGGCUUCUCCUUCUCACGGACUAUUACAAAAGCAUGUCGGACAUGUUUGACGCGGUUGGGAGUCCUCCUGUGGUCAUCUGGAAGGGCUUUUUUUCAGAUGACGCCACCUCCUGCCGACGCCGAUGGGACAAGCGUCCGAAGGAUGAAGCUGUCGGCGACGUGGGCCGCCGACGACGACAUUUCGAGGCUUCUGAUGAGCCUGCCCAACUGGGCCGCGGCAUCGGCCAGCCCCUUGACACCGGUCGCUGAGAGUGAAAUGGUGAGUGGCAGCGGUUGUUUUUUUCUCAAGAAAAAUGACUUUUACCUUUUUUUUUUUUACUAAGAUUGGCGUCUUAUGAAGCGGCACGGCGUUCCCAAACGGGGUGGGGGGACGUUAAAAAAAAAUUUGGCGCGAAUUUAGGUGGUAUGAAAAAAACACCAGCGAAAAUUCAAACGGCGACUUUUCCGAUUUUUUCAUUUCGCAAGGGAACUUUCCGACGGCCACCUUUCCGACGAAACUUUUUCCGACUUUUUUCCCUUAUGCUUUUCGGUUUAUAAAACAUCUAUGAACAUUUUUUUCCUAUUUCUUUGUGUUUUAAUUAUGAACAAACUACCUACUUUAUAUAGGAAGAUGUAAAACGAAGAGUUUAUCGAGAAAAAAAAGUCGGAAAAAGUUUCGUCGGAAAGGUGGCCGUCGGAAAGUCCCCUAGCGAUAUGAAAAAAUCGGAAAAGUCGCCGUUUGAAUUUUCGCCGGUGUUUUUUUCAUACCACCCGAAUUUAAAAUCUCAAUUACGCAGUCAAAUGUAUUUUUCAUGCCGUUGAAUACUCAGUUUAAUUUGCAACGAUAGGUAGCUGUGUCGUCACAGUCCUUUUAUCCGCGCGCACUUACUUUUUUUUGUAAAUUCAGAAACUUUGACGCCUCGCUCAUCUACCCUCACCCCAUUGGGAAUGCCGUGCUCUCGUCAAUUUCUUUUUUGUGUGUAUGUAUACUGAGAAAAUCCACGUUCUUUUAAGCACAAGGACUUUUCGUUUAGCAAAUGUUCAUAGUCAUGAGACAGGAUAAAAAAACAACCGAAAAUUAUGCAAUCCGUAGCGCGCCACCACCCUCGGCAGCUUCAGUAUGCGCCUUCGCGCUCCCUUCCACCACAAGCCUCAUUGGCUCAGUGGCAGAGCGUCUGUCUAGUAAACAGAAGGUCGCUGGUUCGAUUCCAGCAUGAGGCAGCUUCUUUUUUUUUCGUAUCUUAACUUUUGCUCUUUUUCUCAUUUUACCUUUUCAGGACGUUCGAGACAGGAACAAGCGCGAAUCGGAGAUUCUGAUAUCAAACUUGGGAACGCAAACGCAGAACAAGAUGAAAUUUUCGCAGUUAAUAACGGAGAUGUCUGAUGUUCGAGCCUUCGCCGCACUACAUGAAUCUUUACGGUGGUUCAGCGAUCAGGUAUAGUUAUUUUAAACUAAUCGAAUAAAUUUGAGCUUUUUAAAGAUAAAAUCGCUUGUUGAAUCUCUUCCGCAACAUGUGAGAACAGCUCUUUCUGGAUGUAUGGUGCAAGUCAGACUCAAAGACGGACAGAUUAUGGACAAUGUCGGUUUUUUUUUCCCCGAAAAGAGUUGGUGUGAAACAGUUUCAAAAUUUGAGAAAUGAGUUAUCCAUUGAGAUCAAUUUUGAUGUUUAUGUGAUUUUUUUGAAUGCUCAAAAUCUCAGUUUCUCAAUAUUUUGUUCAAUUCUUUCAGGAAUCUGUAAUCGAUGCGAUCGGCGAGUGUGUGAAACGUCUCGAAACGAUUUCCGACUCGUGCCUUCUGAUUCUUCACAUCGAAUUACGUGUACACUGCUUUUUCCAUCUCUUGCCCUUGGCGAAACACCGAAACACUUCGGCACACGAUGAAGUUGAUCCGGAGGUUCAAAGAAAAAAAGAAGACAGUUCUUGUUACGUUUGUGAAUUUUCCAGGUUGUAACGUUGAGUCGAGACCUUCAGGACUUCCACAAUGUUUUGAAGGAAGUUCUGUCGCAGUCCAAGCUGCGAUACGUUUUUGACGGCUUGGGCCAUCUUUGCGCGGCCAUUUUCAUUCAUUUAAGGUAAAGACCAAAGUUUUGAUGAAAACCCACUUCUGAAAUAAUUACAUUUCCAGCCAGUACAUGCCGCGAUUGACGGAACCCGGCAAGAAACGAGUUUGUCGAAACGUGUGGGGCCUCCAACAGAGAUUGUCGCAAAUGACGGCCAGAAGAGAGGCGGAGCUCGACAGAGCACGCGCCUUCUUCGACUUGUUGCUUACCUACGACCCUGACAGCUUGUUGAACGUCAUCACCGAUAAAAAGUUGGUAAUAUAAAGUUUAAGCCGUCGUCUUUUUGAAACAGUAAAAAAUUAUUGAGAAAGGAGAAAUUUUUUUCCAAAAAUUUCGAAAUCUUUAGGUCCAUGUUCUCGCCGAUUGAACUAAGCCACCUUCUCGCCUUGGCCGUAAGAAGCGAUCCGACUUUGGCCAGUCAGCACGGGGCCUUGGAACAACGACAACUUCAGCUCAACGCCAUUUUGAAAAGAUCCGCUUCUUAA